CUUAAUUUGUUUGUCAAUAAAAAAAUUAAAGCUCAAAAAGUUUUGUCGAUGUUUCCAUAAUUUUUCAGCAUUAGAUUCGUUAUAUUCUUGGAUAUAGUUUCAAUAAAGUUAUGUCACACACAAAACUACAGAAUAAUCCAAAGGGCGCCCUGGAACAACACAUAACUGCACUGCAAAGUGAAUCAAAAGUGGUUCGCCGAAAUGGUUUAGUCAAGAUAAACGAAGAGAUAUUUGAAAAUCCACUUAACAAGGAUUGUGAUUUAACUAUUGUGUUCCCAGAAAUCUAUGCGCAUAUAUUGAAAAGCUUUUCGGACGUUUCCGAAGCAUGUAGAGAUAGUGCAAUUUUGAUAAUGUCCAAUUUCAUAGAGCGAUUGCCCCUCAAUGAUUAUUAUUUAACGUACAUACUGCCAGUUAUCGUCCGUCGCAUCGGGUGCCCUGAGAUCGUCGAAGAAUCUGAGGAAAUACGCCUCGUUCUGAUUGAGCUAGUACAUAAAAUAUUGCAAAAGUAUAAGGGGACACAUCUUUUGACACCAUUUAUUAAUGACUUCACCAGUAUUUUGACUAAGACAAGCACCGAUCCGUACCCUAAAGUAAAAUUGGAGGCGUGUGAAUGUAUAAUAUUGCUAACCAAAGUUAUGCAGCGAGAUUUUCAUUUCCAAUCAGAGAGUUAUGUGAAGCCUAUCUUGUCAAAUUUUGCUCAUCAACAUUUUAGAGUUAGGGUUGCAGCAGUGAGAGCUAUUGGUGCCAUAGUCCUAGCAGGCAAUGUCAAAUGCUUUGAGCUAUCCAUCACUCCGAUGGCUGAGAAACUGUUUGACGAGAACACCCAAGUGAGACUCCAAGUUACUAUGGAGGUCGGCAACUGGAUGUUGACAUAUAGGGAUCGCUAUUCCUUUUGGCACCGUAUGAUACCCUUGCUGCUUACAAGUCUCAGUGAUGUAAUGGCUGAUAUCCGCGAGGCUGCGUCGAAGCUUUGGAAUGACAUAGGCCUUCAAUACAUGGACGAAAAUGAAGAGGAUCUUAAAAAGAAGACUGAUUUCCUCAAAGACACGCCGACACACUAUCCUGAUGUUAAGCGACCUAACCUGGGAUGCAGGAUACUAGUACAGAGUAAUAUUGGGAAAAUUGUACCAGCGAUUGGUAGAGAGAUGGACGGCUGGCAGGCGGACGCGCGUCUCCGCUGCGCGCAGCUGCUCUGUUGGCUAGUGUUGUGCGCGGAGGAGGGCUCCACUCAGCACGCUAACACCAUCGCGAGGACGCUACACAGGGGAGCAUCCGACGACGACGGCAGAGUUGUGGUCGAGAUCGAGCGCGCAUCUGAGUUAUUCGGCUACUUCAUAACGCCGGACACGUGGUGGCCGCUCGUAGAAGCUGAAGUGGACUCGUGGAGCGCACUCCUCGUCAUCACCAACAUCCUGAAGGGAUCCCGCGCGGAACUCGUCAAAGAGAAAGUCAUGCAUGAGCUCUGUAAGGAACUAGCUGAUCCAGAUAGGUGUCGGGUUCGGAAGCCAAAGUACCAAAGGAACUUGCUUAAAGUAACCGAGGCGUUGAUGGAUCUCUGUGCGGACGAGUGCGUGGCGGUGGCGGAGCGGCUGUUCAUUAUCAACUUCACCGUGUAUGCGAUGCCUUAUGACGACAACAUGCAGUUUAUGGCCUUAUCAAAUCUGGACAAAUUGCGUUACAUAGAGAAGUGCGGUCGUACCUUCACAUCCCUGUACGAGAAACACAUUGGUCACGUUCUGGCCGACAUCAACAGUGACGCUGUCACGUGGAGCCUGCUCACGCCGGACCGCUGCCUGCUGGAGUGCGUGUUGUUACACGCAGGGUCGGCAAUGGGUGGUCAAUUGCACUUAAUCGCACCCCUCCUGAAAGAAUGCCUGGCUCCUCCAAAAGUGGACCCCGAAGUGAAACUGAAAGUGUUCACAGCACUAUCAACGGUCCUAUUGAAUCAACAGACCAACUUCAAGAAAUGUGAACCGGACAAACUGGAGGCCUUUUUGAAGAUUGUCAUUGACGAGGUGAUACUGCCGAACCUAAUAUGGUCGCCCGGUAGAACAGCGGAGGCGAUUCGCACAGCCGCUGUGGCGUGCCUGUGUUCCGCGCUGCAAGACAACCCUGAGGAGAUCGCUGUGGAGACAGGAGGCGAUGGCGAUACUUGUGACAAGGAAAUGAAUCUAUUCCCAAGCAAGGAAUCACUAGAGCCUUUCCUGGACCAGAUGGUGCCGCUAUUGGUCGGUUUGGUCGACGACAACUCUGCUUUGACGAGACAGCAUACCCUGAGAGCGAUAUGUUGUCUGGCCACGCUAGCCCGCCAGCGGGGAUGUUUUACUGUUGAAAUACUGCACAAGUUAUAUUUUGUAGUGCUGAAACGCCUCGACGACAGCAGCGACAAGGUGCGUUCGUUCGCUGUUCACACUGUGUGCACGCUGUUCAAGUGUCGGCCGCACGCCUACGACACGACAGUGUUCGGCGCGCAUGUCGACGCGCUCUAUAGCGCCAUGCUUGUGCACCUGGAUGACGCGGAUGAGGCUUUCCGCAAGGAAAUGUUGGAUGCUCUGCUGACUCUCAGCGAUGUCGAGCCCAGGCUGCUAAUGAAGAAAGUGAAAGCUAACAUACACUUGUACAGAAACAAAGCGGCCUACGAGCGGUUGUCUAGUCAUAUAGAAAAGCUCACUAUUUAAAUUCUUUAAUUAUACUCUAUCCGAGAAAAGAAGUUAGUAUAGCGCUGUCUCUGUUACGUAAUCCUAUACAAAUGACAGAGACAAAAAUCUCAGUAGGUGUUAACAAUUUCGAGUCACCAACAAACAUGUUUUAAAAACAUUUGAAAUUCAAUUCGAAAAUGUUUUCAAAAAAACUCAAAAUUCAAUUACAAAGCAUAGUUUCGUUUGUGAUUGGUUGGUGCCUCAAAAUGGUUAGCGCCC